AUGACAACCCACUCCCCAUGUUACCUAUCCCUGCUGCUGGCGGCCUUAUUGGUUAGCAGCAGCCCAGUGUCUGCCUUUGGUGGGUUCUUUGGGCGAGCUCCCCCUGAGCAAGACCCCGUGGCAGCCACCAACAAUGUAGUAGUAUUUGGAGUGCAGGGGUCUACUGUCACCAUGCAAAUUCAACUAGACUACAAGAAUGCGGGUGGCAGCAGUGGCCAAGAUGAACUCCUCUUUGGAGGUGGCAGCAGCGGCGCAACCGGAAACGAUGGCAUCUUGUUCCGACAGGGCAACCCUACUGAAGAGGCGGAAGACGAGAAGGAAGAGGUCUUUGCUUGGAUUCUCCCUUUACCAGCGGCACCGUUGCGUGUCGAAACGGGCAGCACUCUACUCAUGGACGCACUGCAGGAACAUACCCGACCCUCGUUUGUCUUGGAAAUCCAUAAUUAUACCCACCCCAGCGCCAACGCCGCCAACAACGACAUUUCGGCCAAAUCGGCUCGUCAAUUCCCGGGGAUGAACAUACCCGGCAGGCCUCCGUCCUUUUCCACCUUGGCUGAGGACACCACCUGCAGUCCAGAAGCGUUGGAGUUGAACUGUCCCAUUCAAGGUCCUACUCGUGGAUUUGGUGGAGAUCUGUUGGUGCUAGAACAGGGUACCGCGGGAGUGUUGGAUUAUGCCGUCCUGGACGGACAAGAUGCCUCCCAGGUUAUUCAGUGGUUGCAGGACAUGGAGUUUACCUUGCCAGAUGAUGCUGAUGAUUUCAGCGGACUAGAAGCUGCUUUGCAGAGCUAUAUCGAUCAGGGACACGUCUUUGUGGCCGUGCAGUUGCAAGCCGAUGAAGCACAGGGCUCCUUGCAGCCUCUCUUGGUCGAGUAUGAGCUACCCGCUACCGUUCCCGCGACACCCAAUCUGUACAGUAUUCCCCUUUCCAUCAGUCAUGCCAGCAGUGCCGACAUGGCCUUGCAAGUAUUCUUUUUGACCGAUGUUCCGCAAGGGCGAGUUGUCCCGGUCAAUUACCUCGAUGCUACCAUGGAUGAUGCCUAUGUCGAUUGGGUCGGAUGCUACCAUGCCCCCGGUGGCGAAUCGGCUUGCUAUCAGAAUGACUACCAUAUGCGUGUCCAUGCGGUAGUGGACGAAAUCCAGAACCACACUCUCGUCACGGAAUACGCCGGACCGGCAUCUGUCCUUAUGGACAAGGUCACGGUCGAUACCGACAACUUGGCCGACAUUGCACAAUCAGCGACAUGGUUGGACUUUGUCACCACUCUAGAACAGAGCAACGUCCCUCCCAAUGCUCGAUUGCAAGAAAUCUUGUUGGAGUACAUCCCACUCAAUAGUUUCCGCAUUGAACCACCCUUCCAAUGCGCCUCGUUGACGGCUGUCUACCAACCCAAUCCCGAGGCCGGACCCACCAUGGAAGACUGUUACGAAUUGUUCGAAGCUCCCGCCGGAUGGACGUGGGAUCCCAUCAACCUCGCGGCUGCCUUGACAGAUGAAAUCUUUCUUCCGGCGCAAGCCGCACAAGCAUGGGUGGAUCAGUUUGAGUGGAUGACGCGAUUCUUGGGAUACAUCCCCAGCAGCGACGAUGGCGAUGACAUCAAGGAACCCUACUUUACUAUUAGCACGGAAGGAAGCGCUGCCGCGUUGGUCGCACGUCACCACCGAGCCGAAGCCACACCCGUUUGUCCCGAAGGCAACGGUCGCAAUCCCAACAUUCUCGAGAUUGAACUCAUGCCGCGAGAAAAGGCUGAUGCCGCAAACGAUCGUCAAGUGUUUUGGCAGGCCGCUCGAUUGCAAUGCCCUACAUGGUUGAAAUCCACUCCUGGCGUCUUCUGGUCCAAGAACGAUGCCUUCCAAUUCACACAAGGGCAAGGACCUCUCCCAAGACCUUUCUCCUACGCUGAAUCGUUUGUGGCUCAUGGUAUAGGUGCUGCAAACGCAGGUAACUCUCACUUUGUCUCCAAGAACGAGGAGGAUGCCGACGGUGUCAUUUGGGAUCCAGUCGAUCUCGCUGCCGCUGUUGCCUUUGGUGAUACCAUGUUCGAGGAGUUGAUGCCUCCAGUCGGAUCUGUCUCCAGAACCAGGAGUGGCCCUGUGAAAGACCCUGACUUUGGCUUCCGUCGGGCUCUUGUCGGCAAACCCAUCAAGCAGCGAUCGUUGGAACAAGACAAGAUGGAAAUGAACGGGCGCUUGCGAGCACACAGUGCAGCAGCCGACACAAAUGUGAGGACAGUGGGAUCAUUGCUGGCGCUGCUCGCGUCCUCGGCACUCCUGGCCAUGGCAUGGAUAUGA